UUGCACGUUUGAACGUACAGCGGGGGAACCAUUGUGUUUGUGUUAGCUAAUGACGGCUUCUGGCUAAUACAGUCUGUUUGACUGGGCUACAAUGUCAUACUGCAGACAACAUUGUGGACGCUUGAUGUCAUUAGGAAGGACUGCGCACUAACAUCAGUAUUCGCUUUGACGACCCUCGGGACAGUACGAUGCCUAUCCGAGCAUAUUGCACCAUCUGCUCCGAUUUCUUCGAUCACUCCAAAGAUGUUGCUGCCAUCCACUGCGGACACACUUUCCACUAUGACUGUCUUGUCCAGUGGUUUCAGACAGCCCCCACGAAAACCUGUCCACAAUGUAGAAAACAGGUCAGUACCAGACACAUCAUCAACAAGCUGUACUUUGAUAUUGGUGGAGAGGAGGAGGCUGCAGCGGACCCCGAAAGCUUGCAGAACGAGCUGGAUCGAAUGAAGGCGCUUUUAAGCUCUAAAGAGCGGGACUGGCGGGACAAACAGAAGAUGGUGGAUGGUUUGAAGGACACCGUGGACAAGCAGCGGAGAGACCUGGACAGUGUGCGCAAAGAGAUUAUGGAAAAGGACAUGCUCUGUUCGGCCCUCAGAAAACAGAUGACAUACCUGGAGACACAACAGAAUGAAGCUCAGGCUGCCAAGGACGAGGCCCGCAGACUCAGGACCAAAAUGAAAACCUUCGAAAGCCUGGACGUGUUGUUGCAGGGCCAGAGAGCAGAGGUGGAGUCCAUGAUCACAGAUAUGGGUAUCAGCCAGGCAGCAGUGGAGCAGCUCUCCAUCUACUGUAUCUCGCUCAAAAAAGAGUAUGAUAAUCUGAAAGGAACCCUGAAGUCUUCAAAUGACAUGUGUGAGAAGCUGAAGAGAGAAGUGCUCGCCUCAAACAACAAGUUACACAAAGCGUCAGUGGAGGUGAAUCAGACCAAAGAGGAAAUUAAGUCUCUACAGAACGAUCUGGCCAAUGCGGAUAAAGAGAUCUCUAGUCUGAAGAAGAAAGUGGAGUUUCUUCAGAGGACUCUGAGCACCCCGACACGGACAAAUGAAGCCCUAAGUCGGCUCGUCUUUGAAAGCCCGGCCCCAAUGGAGCUGAAGCAGCCUCGCCUCCACCAUCCUGCAGGCAGCGACAUUGACCUCAAUAUGACUUAUGACAUCACUACGCCGGAUGAUGUGGCCAAGAGACCGACGCAGGUCCCGUCCAAGAAGAUGCGGCUUGACCCUCCGUCAUCCAAACACAGCGACAAAAGUUCAAGUCUAAGCAAGGCUCGAGAUGAGGAUGGAUCCAUGGAUCCUUUCUUGAGGAACUCCCUCCUCUUCAGAAAGAAGACUUUCGGUAGCAUGUUGGACCCUCAGAGGAAGACUGGAGUCGUGAGAAGUGGUUAUGAUGGUUUAGGAGGACGCACUAAAUUCAUCCAACCCUCUCCUUUAUCAGAGAUUCGCCCACUGAUGAAAGCCAAAAGGAAAAAGGUAGCCAGGCCUCCACCCAAGAUUGCAACUUGCCUGACUCUGGACAGCUUCCUCGAGUAAAUGCUGCCCUCUCCUUCCCCCAGAUGUGGGGUCAAAGGUCAGGAUGCUGCGUGUGAAGUAGCAUGUUUGUGUCUGGCACAGAGAACCAGCCUGGCAGCGGUUCUGCCACUCGGCACCAAACAGGACUUUGUGAACGAACUUAAUUUAAAAGCAGUAACUAACCUCCCCGAUGACGCUCAGCAAAUCUGCUGUACUUUUUUUUUUUUUUGUGAAGACUCAAAAUUGUCUGUGGACAGAUCAGCCUUCUCUUGUUGUUGUUAUAUCUGUGUGUGUGAGUGUGAGUGUGAGACAAACUUACUUAUAUGAGGAUCUAGCGCUCUGUAUUAUGUCACUGAUAUUCACUGCUGCAACUAUUCUCUAUGUUCAUAAAAAUACUCAGUUAUUUUUCACACUUAAUUUAAAACCGUCUCCUUAAACACCUACAUGUGGGUAUCCUGUAGGUAUUUUUAGUUUUAUGGUCCUGUCAGAUGUAAACCAACUCAAAUAAUAAACAAUAUUUUUUUUUA